CGCCAUCCGAAGACUGCAGAUGAGAACGGACGAGCCUGUCGUAUCGUCAAUAUCAAACGUAAGUAAGCCAGCUUUCUGACGGAAACCAUGGCAACAGCGAAAGCACAUAUUUAAGAGUGUUCAGAAAACGACCAAUGAAAUACCUCGAUCUUGCCCUUGUCGCUCGCUUGUGGCUGGGCGCUCUGAUCUGUCCAUCUCCUCCCACAGUAUGCCAACGCAGAAGAUUCGCGGGCCAACGUGGACACAAAUCACGACUUCUCGUCACACCUGGUUGGAAUUGUGUUCAAACUUCGACCUGCGGCGAUCGAUUCUCUGAACACUUUAUAGACGAAGAUCGACCAGAGAGGGCCCGACUUCAGACCCUUGGAGCACAGACCAUCCUCAUCCGUUCAAGUGGAAGGACGCUCGUCCGCCACCUUCGACCACUCGAUCUCUGGUCUAGACGAUCGAAGUCAUGGAGGAGGUCGGCACGACGAAAUGGAGAGGGGAAAUCAGAGAAACCAUUAAUGUUCCAAUCGAAGAGGCAUGGAAAAUUUUCGGUAAUUUUUGCGACUAUAAGAACAUUGUGCCCCAGUGCAAGGAGGAGCUGAUCGAAGGCGAGAGGAACGCGGUCAAUUGCGUCAAAAGGAUCACCACCACCGCUCUUGACGGAUCGGACAGAAUCGAAACAUCGACCGAACGUGUGGUCGAGAGGGACGAUGGCAAUUACAUUCUUGGCUGCGUCAUGCUCGAAAACACUUUUAACUUCGUCAAUUUUGCACGACGUCUCCACCUGGUGCCGGGAGUGCACAGAUCCACUGUCGUGCAAUGGUCGGUAGAGUUGGAUUCCAUGCCUGGAGAAUCGGAGGCCUCUGUCAUAUCCUUGCUCACCGACUCGUUGAGAACGACGAUCAAAACGGCUGAAUCUUACUAUGCCCAACACAAAUAUUCUCCGGCAGCUCUCACUUGAUCUCCCUUCAAGCUCUUGUUCCAUCCAGUCCAAAUUCGACCAGUAGAUUGAGAUACUCUGGUUUUAGACUGUGACAACUCUCAGUAUCAAAUCGAGAGCGUCAGUGUCAUUCACAUCAGAGUACAAUCAGUGCCUUGCCUUGUCUCUUCUCAGCGAAUCUAGAGCUUUAUUGUCAGAAGUACUUCCGUUUCCCUUUCAUAUAAAAUAUGACAUACUAUGUGUUAUAAUAACAUUAUGAAUAUAAUGACCCUAUAAUAACCGCGUAGCCUUAUAUAAACUUAGAAGGUCCUCAAGCCUACAGGUGACUCUAGUUACAUACACUUAUCUCUCCUUUCCGAGUAGGCCUAAAUUUUCACGCUUUCUGUUGUUUCUCGACAUUGGAUGUUGAUGUUACGCAUCUUUACUUACUCUUCUUCAUUCUUGUCCAAUAAGAAGAUUCUUUUCUCUGC